AUGAGCGUCGAGUGGGGAGGUUGUGUCGCUCGUCCGCGCUGAUCCCGCGGAAACUAUAUACGAAAUUUUGAAAGUUAAGUUCGUAUUGGUAAAAUAUAAAAAGUGUUGUUUUUAUGCUAAUUGUGCUGUGGAAUAAGUGAUAGUUUCAGUGAUUGUGAUUGUGUAAGCUGAAUUCUGGACAGAUCAGCGAUGGAGUUGAAAUCGCCGAAAGCGAAGAAAAAGUCAAGCGUCUCCCGCCUUGUCUCCUGGAAAAAGUUAUUCAGCACGCCUAUACUGAUCCUUCUAUUACUCGGCUCCACGAGCUGUGACACUGACAGUGACAGUUCUGACAUUGACAGCGGUGACAUUGACAGCCGUCAAAGUGACAUUGACAUUUCGGGAGUUCCAAUUUCAAAUUUCACGCACAAACACAGGCACGGAAUAGACAACAGAGAUCGAAAAACAUUGAGCGAUAUAAAAUAUUUGAGGCGGCAUUUGAACAAGGAGAUACUAAACUUUGUGAUGACGGAUGUGCUAGUUGAUGGGGAGGUGGAGAACAGGAUACAUUAUAAUGGUGUGACUGCGAAGGAGACGUUUGUUGGCAGUGAUGGUAACGGCCUGAAGCUCCGUCAGCUGACCGAUGGCCGCCAUCUUAUCCAGAUAAUUUACACACCAAAUGGCGCCAUUCAAGACUGCGAAUACAUAACAGAAGGGAAAUCAACCAGAAACUUUUUAAAAACAUUGAGAAAAGAACUAAAACUAGCGCUAGACGAAGAGGCAUUCAGAAUAACGGAAAAGAGAAAAAACAUUACUGAGGACGAAAGAUUUUACCGCCAUUUUGGCAAUAUGACGUUUCGACUUUUGACAGACGGCGAAAUUUUGCCGCCAGAAGUCGCGUCAUGGUUGGAUUAUGACAGAUUAAAAAUGGAAUGCUUCGAGCGACACGAGGAGUUAAAAUACAUGAUGGAAAGUAAAAAUAAAGUGACAGCCACGUCUCUGGCGAGGUCGCGACGCUCGUUCAGAGAAAAUUUCAUAAUGCCUGGUACGAAAUGGUGUGGAGCUGGCCAGUUAGCUAAAACAUAUAACGAACUGGGCCAAGACAGGAACGAGGACAGAUGCUGUAGGGCCCACGAUAAUUGCCGGGUCAGUAUUGGCCCGUUUAGAAGAAGAUUCGGUCUAUUCAACUAUAGGCCUUAUACGAUUUCACACUGCAAAUGUGAUAGGAGAAAAAAGCGAGACGCAAUGGAGAUCCUCCGGGUGCCAGGAACGAAAUGGUGUGGCAAGGGGUUCUCAGCGACCCACUAUUCUCAACUCGGGGGUUACACACGAACGGAUAGGUGUUGUAGGAUCCACGAUUUGAGGUGUCCCUUCUGGAUCGGGGGGAUGGAGAAAAAGUUUGGAUUGUACAAUUGGAGGAUAAAUACACUGAUGCAUUGUCGGUGUGAUGAAAGAUUCCGCGCCUGCUUAAAACUAGCAGACACUUCCGUAUCCAACAUGGUUGGCAAACUGUUUUUCAACGUCGUUCAAACAAAAUGCUUCAUCCUAAAGCCCAUCAAAGUUUGCACACAACGCUCCUGGUGGGGCAAAUGUUUACGCCGUGGCUACAUGAAGCAAGCUUACUUACGGGACAACUUGCCAUAUUAAAAAAAUAAUGACAUUGACAGUGACAGUUAAGCCCAGUUGCAUUAUGACACUGACAGAUUGGACGGCGGCAAAAUUGACAUUGAUUUAAAAAUGUAAUUCAAUUUUUUGUUGUGAAUUGUGAUUUAGUUUUACAUGUUAAUUUUAGUUGUACUUAUUUGAUGUAAGGAUUAAAUGAUGAACUUUUUUACGUGUAUGAUGAGUAUGAAAAAUACUCAAAUUCAAAUAUUUAGUUAUAGAUAAUUGUUGUGUUUACUGUAUCUGUUCACUUCGCUUUUUUAGAAAAAGAUCUAUUCAUAGAGUCCUUUUAAAA